AUGUAUAAGAACCAGCUUCAGGAGCUGGCGCAGCGUAGCUGCUUCAAUCUGCCGUCGUACACUUGCAUCAGGGAAGGCCCCGAUCACGCGCCACGGUUCAAGGCCUCCGUUAACUUUAAUGGCGAGACAUACGAGAGCCCUAGCUACUGCUCUACCCUCCGCCAGGCGGAACACUCUGCGGCUGAGGUGGCACUCAAUGCCAUAUCCAGCGGUGGACCUACCAGCUCCCUCGCCGCUAGAAUUCUCGAUGAAACAGGCGUGUAUAAGAAUCUCUUGCAAGAGGUCUCACAAAGAGUGGGGGGAUGCAUGCCUUCUUAUACAACUUUCAGAUCUGGUCGAGGCCACCUUCCCGUUUUCACCUGUACGGUGGAGUUGGUGGGUGUUCUAUUCACUGGCGAUCCAGCUAAGAGCAAGAAGCAAGCAGAGAAGAAUGCGGCCAUGGUGGCUUGGUUAUCUCUCAAAUCAUUGGCGCAGCAGUCAGAGACCCCAUUUGAGAAGACCCACAAGGACGAACAGGAGCACGUGACGGUAGCCCGGGCCCUUCAAAAGUACCUAAUAAAGGCCAGGCUGGCAAGACUCCCCUUCCCGAUAAAAUUCCCGACUGUAAGCCCAAGGCCAUCGAGCACACACCAUUCCUCCCCAACCUCGAAAAUACUUCCCUUAAUCUGCCCCAAGAUGGCCAACUGCAGCAGCAGGCCUGCUUCGCCAGCAACAAGCAAAAACAGCCCUACAUUCCAAAAGAAUGUGAACACAACCCAAACCCAGCCUGUAAUCACGACACCCACGAACGAGAGCUGCUUGUCGUCGGCUGACAACUUUAAGCUUUGGGCUGGCCAGAAAUUCCCUGCAGCAAGUGCACCACCGUACAUUCCUGUAAGGCACAGUAAGCCGCAUGGCAGAGUUGCCCCGCUUGUGACUAUACGGAACAUGGUUCCUGUUUUCUCGGCCCCACCACCAGCGAUGAGGCCUCCGGCCAUUGGGGUUGCACCACCUGUCUCCAUAAGACAGGCUGUCCCUGUAUAUGCUGCUCCAGUUUGCAAGGAUCUACCCAUGGUGCACCCGGUUGUUAAAGCAGACGAUCGGCAGGCACCGAGGUUGCUGACAGCUAAGGCAGAAGGGCAUCCAUUUGCUAGAGCUGCUCCAGUGCCAAAUUCUGAAGUUCCAGCAGGUCAAGUCGGGCUGCCUUCGUCUGAAACUAUCACUGUUCCAGCCGAGCCAGUUGCUAAGGUUUGUGGUCCACCAGUCAGCUUGAGAGUAGCUGCUGACAAGACUAGGAUUGCAGUGAAGGACAAGCUGCAGGAGUCCAAGGAGAUUGAAGAUUUGAAACAUCUCAAGAUAUGA